GGUAAAAGUAGAAGGACCAGAAUCUUUUGAUAAAGUCAAGCAGUAGUAGACUUGUGAAAUUUCUUCACACCUUCCUUGUAUUGUCUGUUUCUGUGUGUUCGUUAUCUCUCUCUAAUCACAGACUCAUAUUUCAUCUCAUAAUAACUUCACCACCAACGAACUCACUUCCUAGGGUUUCUUUCGAUCCAAACAUGGGUUCAGUCAUCGAUGACGGAGACAUAGAAAAGGGGCUGAUGACUUCGAUAAAGCACAAUCAAAACCCUAACGCUCUCGCGGAGCCAUCACCGUCACCUUCCCCGUCCGCUGUAACACCUCCGGCGUUAGUGCUAUCAAACUCCGGGAAGCGGAUGGAUCAGGCGGGGAAGAAAAAGUACGUCAAGCAAGUGACAGGUAGACAUAAUGAUACAGAGCUCCAUUUAGCGGCUCAACGUGGCGAUCUGGCAGCGGUGAAGCAAAUACUUGAUGACAUUGAUUCACAGAUGGUGGGGACUUUAAGUGGUGCCGAUUUUGAUGCUGAAGUUGCGGAGAUUCGUGCGUCGGUGGUUAACGAGGUGAAUGAGUUGGGAGAAACGGCGCUGUAUAUGGCUGCUGAGAAGGGGCAUCUUGAGGUUGUGAAGGAGUUGUUGAAGUAUUCGGAUAAAGAAACGAUCAUGAGGAGAAGCCGUUCGGAGUUUGACGCUUUGCAUAUAGCUGCUAGCCAAGGACAUGAAGCCAUUGUUCAACUACUACUUGACCACGAUCCAUCACUAUGCCAAACAAAAUCCCAAAGAAACGCGACACCGCUCAUAACCGCAGCUACAAAAGGGCACACCGCAGUCGUCAAAGAACUGCUAUCAAAAGACAGUAGCUUGUUAGAUAUUCCAAAAGCCAAUGGAAAAAACGCAUUGCAUUUUGCAGCUAGAUCCGGGCAUGUUGAGAUUGUGAAAGCUUUACUUGAAAAAGAUCAACAACUAGCCAGGAAGACCGACAAAAAAGGUCAAACCGCGCUACAUAUGGCUGUGAAAGGAGUUAGCAGUGAGGUUGUGAAAUUGCUACUUGAGGCUGAUCCGGCUAUUGUUAUGCUGCCAGACAAGUCGGGUUUUACCGCAUUGCAUGUUGCUACAAGAAAAAAACGAGCAGAGAUAGUAAACGAGUUGCUUAGCCUCCCUGAUACGAGAGCGAACGUGAACGCACUGACCCGAGAUCACAAAACGGCUCUCGACAUAGCCGAAGGUCUUCCAUUGUCAGAAGAUUCUUCCGAUAUAGUAGCCUGCCUUACUCGUUGCGGUGCGGUUCGCGCAAACGAAUUGAACCAACCAAGAGACGAGUUACGAAACACAGUGUCUCAGAUCAAAGACGAGGUUCACCAACAACUAAUGCAAACUCGAAAAACAAACAAAAACGUCCACGGAAUCGCUAAAGAGCUCCGAAAGCUCCACCGUGAAGGUAUCAACAACGCGACAAAUUCAGUAACUGUGGUGGCGGUGCUUUUCGCAACCGUUGCGUUUGCCGCCAUUUUCACCGUCCCUGGCGGUGACAAUAACGAUGGGAAGGCGGUGGUGGUGGACCACGCGUCAUUUAAAAUCUUUUUCAUCUUCAACGCGAUUGCUCUUUUCACGUCAUUAGCGGUGGUGGUGGUUCAGAUUACGUUGGUUAGAGGUGAGACAAAAGCCGAAAGAAAGGUGGUUACGGUGAUCAACAAACUGAUGUGGUUAGCUUCUGUGUGCACCUCAGUGGCGUUCAUUGCGUCUUCUUAUAUAGUAGUCGGUAGAAAAUAUAGAUGGGCUGCGGUUUUGGUCACAGUUGUGGGGGGUGUUAUUAUGGCGGGUGUUCUUGGAACCAUGACUUAUUACGUAUGCAAGUCUAAGAAAACGCGAUCAAAGAGAAAGAAGGAGAAGAUCGCGCAAAGUGGGUCAAACUCGUUUCAUCACAAUUCUGAGUUAUCGAACUCGGAAGUUGACCGAAUCUAUGCCAUAUGAUGUAUAUUAUAGUUGUUUCUGUAAUGUUUAUAGGUAGGUAUAUAGUAGUCAACAAUCGGGUUGACCUCGGUAUUAUGAAGUCAGAAUACGUUUAACUUUUGGUCAAUCACCAUGAAGAACAAGUUGACCCACACAUGAGUUAAAAGAGUUGGGGUGGUUUUGUAUUCUGAUAUGGGUUUACCCCUAAAUUCAGAUCUUUAAUUUAUGCUACUAUUGUUCAUGGGCACAUUUUGUGGUUUUCAUGAACAUUGCUACA